AUGAGUAUUGGAGACAAUGUCCAACUCCAAAUCGAGGCGGAUCAAUUGCGCAAAGAAUUGGAAGAGAAAGAUUAUGAAUUGGAUAGUGUUCGUACCUUGACUCGAGGUGUGAGAACUGGGGACAAUGCCCAACUCCAAGUCGAGGCGGAUCAAUUGCGCAAAGAAUUGGAAGAUAAAGAUUAUGAAUUGGACAGUGUGCGUACCUUGAAUCAAACCCUUAUUGACAAAGAGCACCAGAGUAACCGUGAUCUACAGGAGGCACGCAAAGUUUUGAUCGAGGCUUUGGAUGACUCUGGAAAUAAGCGCCAUAACCGUGCUAAUAUUGGGAUUAAACGGAUGGGGGAGCUGAAUGCGAAACCAUUUCGAGAUGCUUGCAGCCAGAAGUUCUCACCUUCAGAACAAGAAACAAAAUUUGCUGAGUUAUGUUCACUGUGGCAGAAGCAUAUACAAAAUUCAGAGUGGUAUCCUUUUGAGAAUGUUGCUAUCAACAACAACCUUCAUGAAGUUAUAAAUGAAAAUGAUGAAAAAUUGAAAGAGCUGAAAGAUGAAUGGGGCCAGGAAGUGUAUGACGCCGUGACUUCUGCUUUACUGGAGAUAAAUAAGUAUAAUGGCAGUGGAAGAUAUCCAGUCCCCGAGCUUUGGAAUUUUAGGGAAGAAAGGCAAGCCAGCUUAAAGGAAGUAAUGCAGUAUGUGGUUCAAAAAUGGAAUGCACUUAAAAAUAAGCGCCGGAGAUAA